ACUAAAGCUAAAUUAGGCUAAUAAAAGAUACACAAUUCUCGAGUUCUCGUUCUUAAUUAGAUUCUUACGAUCCGCUUCCUGAAUUGGAUCAUUUGGUGGAUUUAUUGUCCAUCAAAUUGGUGCUCUCAUUGAGAGUUCAAGAAUCAUACUCAGAGGAAACCCUCCACCAAUACGAUGGUGCAAACACGCAGCAACGCCAACGUUGGUACCGGAGCUCCCAACCAGGGAGAAAACAGCGCCACUGGAGGUCGGCGCCCCCCCAUCACCACGGGGGAGGCAGAGGCCCUCAUCCAGAGGGUCGGAAUCACAGCUGAGCAAUUCAAGGAGGUGCUGGCAGCACUUACACCCAAUCGCGAGAUUGUGGUGAAGGAUGUGGUUGGGGGACCCGCAGGCGGGAAGGCUGGACCUGCGGGCUCUCAAGGGAAAAAGAAGAAGGUGAGGCGAUCCCAGAAAAAGAAGGCGACCAAGCCUAAUGGGAAGGCUGUGAUGGAAGAUGCGCUCUCUAGAUUGGAUGAAGAGUCGUCCUCCUUCGAGCGGAUGUCUGCUUUUGACCGUUUGGGAGAUCCCAAGUCAAAGAAACCCCGGACCUCUGCGUUCGAAUGGUUGCAGGACACUCAGUCGGCUCGAAAGGGCGACUUGAGGGAUACGCUCAAGGAGAAAAGAGGGGAAUCCACAGCAACCUCCAAGAUCGGUUCUGAGGAGCGACGGACGACAGUCGAGGACAAGGGUGCAGCCGAGCUGUGGAGAAUGUACGAACAAUUGGAGAAGCGGAUGGACGCCCAAAAUCCCUACCGCCAGGCGGUCUUCAGCGAGGUAACACCCUUCUCAAGAAGGAUAAUGUCUUGUCCCCUCCCGGACAAUUUCAAGACUCCCCAAAUCAAGGCGUACAACGGGACGACUGACCCCCAAGACCAUCUUGCUCGCUUCGGGGCGAACGUGGUCAUGUAUGCGUACCUAGAAGAAAUCAAGUGUCGGUGUUUCCUGGCGACACUUGAAGGGCAGGCUUCCGAAGAUAAAAGCUCCCCUUCUCACUUGCUCAAUGUGAAGAUUCGGAAGGGAGAGCAGCUCCGGGAAUUCAUUAAUAGGUGGGAAAAGGAGGCCAGGGACGUCCAAGGGGCGGACGACCAAGCCCUGAUCGCCAUGCUCCAAGCUGCACUCCCCCAAGGGGAUGUGCGCAAGGAGCUGCGACGAAAUCCUCUCCCGACCUAUCAGGAGAUGUUGGCCAGAGCGAAAUACCUGGCCUUAGAAGAAGAAGACGAUGAGCCGCCAGCCCGGAAGGAGAAGAAAAGCGGGCCACCGGCGGCAGAAGGAAAGAAGAGGAAGGACUACGAUGCACCCAAAUACUGCGAGUACCACCGUAACAGCACCCACAACACGUCGGAGUGCGUUACGCUGAAGAAGGAGAUGGAUCAGUUGAUCGCCAGGGGGCCGCCUCCUCGGUCGGAGCGACCAUCCUCAAGUAACCGGACCUGGAGGAGACCCCCAGCCCCCACAGCGGCGAUCACGGCGGGAGAGGGGCAGGAGGAUGGACGACGACAUUUGGGGAGAGAUUGUGACGACCUAGAUGAGGAAGAGAGGCAGGGUCACCGACACCUAGGGUGUCGGUUCAUCAUGGGAGGAAAUACUGGAGGAGAUUCGGUAUCCUCACGGAAGAAGUGGAAGAACAUGGUGUACUUGGCCGAGGUACAAAGGCCGCCGCUACCUAAGCGGAAGAAGAAGGAUCCCCUGAUCUUCACGGACGAGGAUUAUCCACCAGUCCUCAGCCCUCACAGAGACGCUAUGGUGAUAAAGGUAGAGAUCAAUAAUGUGGUUGUCCACCGAACUUUGGUCGAUACGGGCAGCUCGGUCAACGUUAUGUACAGCAACACCUUUAAGGAAUUGGGGUUGUCUAGGAGCGACCUGAAACCCAUCCAUACGCCACUGUCAGGGUUCACAGGGGAUACUAUCGAAGCUGAAGGAACUAUCACGGUGAGGGCCGGGGUAGGAGAUGGCACCCACCGACUCUGGAUCGACAUGGAAUUCAUGGUAGUGCAGCUCAACUGUGCACACCAUUUGAUUCUGGGGUGACCAGGGUUGGAGGACCUGGAGUGCGUAAUCUCCCCCGUCCACCUGUGCCUGAAGUUUAACACCCCCACAGGGGUGGGGGUGGCAAAGGGGAACCAGAGCUUGUCAGGGUCGUGCUACGUUAGGGCGACCAAAAGCCAAGCACGGGUCGACGAGAAUGUGAGCACGAUCUGUGCUGCAAUCCAAAAGGAAGAGGGGCAACCUCGGGCUGAGCCGGCAGAAGAAGUCGAAGAAGUUUCUUUGGAUCCGACCAAGCCAGAGCGGAAGGUAAAGGUAGGUAAGACCUUACCACUUAGACUAAAGGGGCAGUUAUUGG